AUGGCGCCGCGGCGCACGAGCAUGGGCCGGCAGAAGAUCGAGAUCCGCCGCAUCGAGAGCGAGGAGGCGCGUCAGGUGUGCUUCUCCAAGCGCCGCGCCGGGCUGUUCAAGAAGGCCAGCGAGCUGGCGAUCCUGUGCGGCGCGGAGGUGGCCGCCGUCGUCUUCUCCCCGGCAGGCAAGGCAUUCUCCUUCGGCCACCCCUCCGUCGAGGCCAUCCUCGAGCGCUUUGCUCCGACCGGUGGGGCAGCGGCGGCGGCCGGAGGAGGAGGAGGAGGAGGAGAAGACAGCAGGCAGCUGGCGGAGCUGAACCGCCAGGUCGGGGAGCUGAGUGCGCAGCUGGACGCGCAGAAGGCGCGGAAGGAGCGCGCGGAGGCGGCCAUGGCCAAGGAGCGCUCCGCGGCGAGCCCCGUGGCGGCGUGGCUGGAGGCCGACGUCCGCGACAUGGGCGAGGAGGAGCUGAUGGCGUUCGCGGCGGCGCUGGCGGAGGUGCAGGACGCCGUCGCCGCGCGCGCCAACCAGGUGCUGCAGGACGCACUCAACCACGGCCGCGCCAUGCAGGCCAGGGUCCGCUCCUCCAACAACAACAACAACAACCAGGUGCAGCAGUUCCUCGUCAGCAACAGCGCCGUUGGGUUUGAUCAGUUCGGCGCAGGCAACGCCAGCAGCAACGACGGAGAGAUGGACAUGCAGAUGCAGCAGAUGAUGAUGAUGGCCAUGGCGCCGCUGCCGCCGGGGUUAGCCGGUGCCGGCAUGGAGACGAUGCUGCUGCAGCAGGGGUUGGGGUUCGGCUUACCCGGCCCCUACUGA